GUUCGCACCGCUAGCUAGUCUCUGCACAAGUACUUCAUUACCAUCAACAAGUUAAGGACAGGACCACCAGCUGUGCAGCCGAAGGUUUGGGCUUCAAUUAAGCAAUUGAAUGGACAAGAGAAGGAAAUGUUUGUUUUCAUUCAUUCGCGAGAAAAAUUACUAUAGUCCUAAGCCAGUGGAAAUCAAAGAAGGGCAAGGGCAAAGCUUUGGGAGGAAACGUUACAGCUGAGAUAGGUGAAGAAUUACUAUGGCAUUUUUCUUUUUGCCUCCAACUGGAGUACUCGCCAUUGUCUUAUGUGAAAGCAAAUAGAAAUCCUUUUGUAUUGUGUCCUUUCAAAAGCUGCCUCUUCCACUGGAACUUCUUUCCAGCUCACUGCUCAAGUCGUCUCAACAGAAGGAUAGUUGAAUGCAGUCUCCAAUGUGCAGAAGAGAAUGGGUUUGCAUUCGAAGUGGCCAUUGGGGGGGCCAACAACGGUGGCAUUGUGUGUGAUGAGCAUGUUGUUGAAAAUGCUGCCUGCCUCAGGCGCAGCAUGUCCACAGAAAUGCAGAUGCGAGGAGCUGCUCUUUUACUGCGAUUCUCAAGGUUUUCAAGGAGUACCCGAUAACAUCUCCCAUGGGUCUAUCGGCUUGUCACUCAGGCACAAUAGUUUUUUUGAACUGCAAAACGAUCAGUUUACAAGCUUCAGCCAACUUGCGUGGCUCUAUUUAGAUCACAACCAGAUUUCUGUUAUUCAAGAGGAUGCCUUCCAAGGACUAUAUAAACUCAAAGAAUUAAUCCUCAGCUACAAUAGGAUUGUGCGUCUAGCAAAUACCACGUUCAGCCAGCUGAUUAACUUGCAGAACCUGGACCUGUCAUUUAAUCAAAUUACUUCUCUACAACCGGAGCAAUUCCACAGCUUACGGAAACUUCAGACACUGCAUCUACGUGCCAAUUCACUAAGGACCAUUCCCAUAAGGGUUUUCUGGGACUGCCGAAGCCUGGAGUUUUUGGAUAUAAGCAACAAUCGUUUACGAAGUCUGGCUCGUAAUGGCUUUGCAGGAUUAAUCAAACUCAAGGAGCUUCACCUAGAGCACAACCAGCUGACAAAGAUUAAUUUUGCUCAUUUCCCUCGGCUAAUCAGCCUCCAAACACUAUUUUUGCAGUGGAACAAAAUUAGUAUCUUGUUAUGCGGAAUGGAAUGGACCUGGGACACAUUGGAAAAACUUGAUGUGACAGGAAAUGAAAUUAGAACAAUUGACCCUUUAGUUUUCCUUACAAUGCCAAACCUCAAGAUACUUCUGAUGGAUUCAAACAAGCUAACUACCCUGGAUGCUCAGAUUGUUAACUCGUGGAAAUCUCUAACACACAUCGGUCUUUCUGGCAACAUGUGGGUCUGUAACAAAAGUAUUUGUGCCCUAGCCUCCUGGCUAAGCAAUUUCCAAGGCCGAUGGGAGAACUCAAUGGUCUGUGCUAGCCCAGAGCACACACAAGGCGAGGACAUCUUAGAUGCAGUUCAUGGAUUUCAAAUCUGCAGCAAUCUUUCAGCAGCCACCACACAGAUAACCACUGGCUAUAUGGAUCCUACACAGCAGCCAGAAGCUACUGAGUAUGUAACAAAAUUAACAUCCAUAGACUCCACUACAGAGGAUAUUGAAAAUCCAACUAUAGAAACAACUGCUGAAGACUUCCUUGAGCCUGAUAAUACUCUCUUUACACACAGGAUAAUAACUGGAACAAUGGCUCUAUUGUUCUCCUUUUUUCUCAUUAUCCUUGUGGUGUACAUUUCACGGAAAUGCUGCCCCCCUACCCUGAGACGUAUAAGGCACUGCUCCAUGAUGCAACACCGAAGGCAAAUUCGCCAUCAAGCCAGGCAGCCUAUGGCAGAUUUAUCUACACAAGUACCCUACAAUGAAUAUGAACCCACCCAUGAGGAAGGCGCACUGGUGAUCAUAAAUGGUUAUGGACAAUGUAAAUGUCAGCAGCUGCCUUAUAAAGAAUGUGAAGUAUAAAUUAAUGAGCUCAUGUAACCA